CUUCCCUAUUCUCUUCCCCCUUACGUUUCAAUCUUGAAUUCCUUUUGCGUUCACACUCACAAAUAUAUAUAGCCACACUUGUAUAUUAUAUGGUACAUGUUAUUGUGAAGUGUUUUUGUCACAUAUAGAGAAGCACAAUUAGAAGGAUAGCUAGGAAACUUUGUCAAUUGAAGCCUCUUUUUCCUUUUUUCUCUUUUUGGCUAUAGUAAGAGAGCAUGGAGAACAUGAAGAUGAUGAAAGAUGAAGGGAAGGGUGUCCCAAUUCACAGCCAGGUUAGGAAGAUCAAGCAAGAGUCAGAGAAGAUCAUUGAUUGGUCCCCUGGCAAGCCAGAGGUCCGACCUGUGCUCCGGGAAAUCGGCCGUGAUCGGCCGAUUUCCCGGUCGCCGUUGGGGAUUUCCGGGCAACCCAUUUCAGUUGGUGAGUCAUAGGGUCAGAAUAUGGUUAAGGGCUUUGGAUUAGUAUGUUCAUGUACACAGGUUGAAGAGGGAGGUUUUGUUUGCUUCCCCUGCUCCUGUUCUGUUUUCCUCUGUUUUUUGAACAGGGGAUAUUUAGGAAUUUAGCUAUAUUCUCCAUUUUCCUUUUUUCAUGUAAAUAUUAAUAAUAGUGUUAUUGGAUAUAUCAUAUGCAGUUUUAUUUAUUUA